AGUCUAUAAUAACUUGAAAAAGGCACUGUUCAUUGUUGUGUAUGGCCUGCUCCCAAUUGGUAGGAGCCUAUUCUAUCAUUCGUUUUCCGUUCGCUAACCUAACGACUCGACCUCGCCGUUGCUACCUCACUUUCCGGCCAAAUUCUUCCACUUGGAAUCUAUAACUUGGAAUUUGAGGAGAGGAGAUGUGUCAUCAGAAUUGUUGUCUGCAUUUGUCAGUAGAUGAGGAAAUUGCAGCUGAUGAAAGCCUCCUCAUUUAUUGCAAGCCUGUUGAACUUUACAAUAUUCUUCACCGCCGUGCUCAAUACAAUCCUUCUUUUCUUCGAAGAUGUUUGCGUUACAAAAUGAAAGCAGGGCGAAAAAGGAGGUUGGCAGCUGGAGUUGUAAUUUUCAACUACAGGGAUUACAAUAACAAACUGCAAAAGACUGAAGUCACUGAAGACUUCUCCUGUCCAUUUUGCUUGAUGAUGUGUGUGAGCUUUAAGGGUCUGCGGUACCAUUUAUGCUCUUCACAUGAUCUAUUCAACUUUGAGUUCUGGGUGAGUGAAGAGUGCCAAGCAGUGAAUGUCUCGGUGAAAAUCGACAGAUUCUUAUCCGAGACUGUUGCAGAUGGAGUAGAGCAACGACAGCAGACAUUCUUCUUCUGCUCCAGGCCACGAAGGCAAAAAUCAAGAAACCAUGAUCAAAAUGAAAAGCAAGUUUGUGUGCAGUUAUUGGAGUUGGAUUCUCCAAAACUACUCAUGGAAGGCAUAAACAAGGGAUUUUUGAGGAAGGAUGGUGGUGAGAAUGCUUCCAAGUCAUCUUCCAGUGAGAAGGAUUUGCACAACUCAAAGCAUAGGGCAGAAAACUAUGGUACUGAAUAUCCUAGCGCAACAGAGUUAUUGGAACGUGUUGCAUCAAGUUUUAAUAUCCAGAAUGUUUCAAUUUCAAAGGCUCAAUACUCUGAGUGUGUUAAAUCACAAUCUGGAAGUGAUCCCUCACUGCCUGCUGGGAUCCAUAUUGCAAAAGCAAGGAAGUUAACUGAGGAUCGGUCAGAUAGAAACCGUGCACUCCUGCAGAAAAGACAGUUCUAUCACUCUCAUAGAGUUCAGCCUAUGGCACUAGAGCAAGUAUUGUCAGAUCGAGAUAGUGAAGAUGAAUUCAAUUAUAAUAUUGCAGAUUUUGAGGAUAGAAGGAUGCUUGAUGACUUUGUGGAUGUUAGCAAAUGUGAGAAGCAAGUUAUGCAUCUUUGGAACUCAUUUGUGAGAGGGCAAAGGGUGCUAGCAGAUGGUCAUGUAGCAUGGGCAUGCGAGGCAUUUUCAAAACUUCAUGUACAGGAGCUGGUUGGAUCUCCAGCUCUCUUUUGGUGCUGGAGGAUAUUCAUGAUCAAGCUUUGGAAUCAUGGUCUUCUCGAUGCAAACACAAUGAACAACUGUAACAUGAUCCUGGACAGAUGCAGAAAUGAAGGAUCGGAAGCAAUGAAAACCGAAAGAGGAGUUGAUUAAUGACGUGAUCUUGGAAAUAUACAGAUGACAGGAUAUAUGACAUUGAUUUUCUGCUGUUUUAACCCAUUCUUUACAUAUCUCAACCAACUACUCCUAAUGAUUGAGCCAUAGUUGGAAUAUUAACGUUCUUUCCUGUACAACGGAUUGUAAUUGGGGCUCCCUUAUCGCUAUUGUAAUCUCAUUCAAUGCAAUGCAAGCUUUUUUUUUUUUUUUU